UUUGUGGAUGCAUUAAAAAGUUAAUUUCUCUUCUCAAUUCUUCAAAUUGAGGGCCUUUCCAUGAAAUAUAAAUUUCAACGGAUGAGAGGUCAUUGGAAUAGUCAGCUCAUUUAACCAUAUCUUUGACUGAAACAAUAUCUUUCCCACUUUGCUGGAGCCACGGACAUAUCUUUGUAUUGUGCUCAUUUCUUUUUGGAUUUUAUGUCACUGCAUUAUUUUAGUUUCUAGCAUUAAUAAAACAAAUCACCCGGUCCAGAUUUAUGAAUCUUAUCCCGUUCAUUUCAUUAAGAAUAUCUCCUUCAUGUCGGCUAAUGCAUUGGUAAACAUCUCAAAUUCGUCAAACUGAUCAGUGACAUGAAUACACAAAUUUCCACGUAUGCAUCAAUUUAACCAUACUGUACCAAGCCGAAGGACAUUAUCUAUGCACUUUCUUUCUUGCCUUUGACUGAAACAACUUCUUCCUGCUUUGCUGCAGCCACGGAGAAAUGGCAAGAUUUAUUGUUGACGAGGUCGUGCAUAAGAUUGGUGACAAACGUGUGGAUGUGCCUAAAAAUUUGGUUGAAGAUCAUCAUCAAAUAAAAGCCAUAAUAGAGAAGUUGGAUAUUUACUCUGAUGAUGUACGUUUCAUUGGGAUACAUGGAAUGGGGGGUAUCGGUAAAACAACACUUGCGAAGGUUGUGCUCAACAAACUAUAUUCUGGCUUUGAUGGUGUUUGUUUCCUGAAUGACAUUCGGGGAGCAACGGGACAUGGUCUUAUAAAAUUUCAGAAAAAGUUAUUAUCAAGUAUUGUUUGUUUUAGGAAUGCUAUACAAAUUAAAGACAUCAGAGAUGGGAUGAAAUGGAUCCAGAGAGUUUGUUGUACUAAAAAAGUCCUCAUUGUCCUUGAUAAUCUAGACAAGAAAGAGCAACUCGAGAAGCUAGCUGGGAAAUGUGAUUGGUUUGGUCUUGGUAGUAGGAUCAUUAUCACAACUAGGGACAAAGGUAUCUUGAUGACUCAAAUGGAAUCAUCCAGUAAAGAGGACUUAAGUCAACCCAAAGGAAUUUUGGACUUUGAAGUUAAUGCAAUGGAAUUUGAUCAAGCACUUCAGUUGUUUUCUAAGCAUACUUUUGGAAGUGAUUCUCCUAGGGAAGACUAUGUUGCUCUCUCAGAGACUAUUGUUAAUAAAGUGGAUAGGCUUCCGUUGGCUGUCGAGGUGAUUGGUUCAUUUCUCUAUUGCUGUGGCUCUACCCUGGAGCCAUAUUUUGAUAAAAGAAACCUAUGGAAAGACACAUUGAGGAAGUUAGAUAGAGGUCCUUUUAAGGAUGUUCGUGAUGUAUUAAUGAUAAGUUAUGAAGGAUUGGAGAAUGAGCAAAAAGAAGUAUUUCUGGAUAUUGCUUGCUUUUUCACCGAUGAGGACAAGACAUAUCCAAUUAUCAUGUGGGAUAAUUGUAAUUACAAUCCUCACAUUGCAAUAUCUAUCCUCCUCCAACAUUCCUUGAUAAAAAUUGUAGAUGAUAAUAAGUUUUGGAUGCAUGACCAAGUUCGAGAUUUGGGAAGGUACAUCAUCCUUGAAGAAUAUCCUUGCAAAGAAUGUCCUCGCAAAUAUACUAGGGCGUGGAUUCAUGAGGAUAUUGUAAAACUACUGGAGAGUAAAGAGAGAAAUGAUGUAGAAGCACUAAGCUUGACUUCCGAUGGCCGCAGCCGCAGCAUUACACCAAAAAAAUUGGCUACACUACCAAAUCUAAGGUUCCUUCGAGUGAAAGGCAUUGGUAUUUUUGGCAACUUCGACAAUCUUCUUUUGAAGCAAAGAUGGCUUUUUUCACGAAGGUGGCAAACGAUUUUCGGUCAAUAUUAA